AUGAAGUCGAUCCUUGCCAACGACGCUGUUCAGGCAUUUGGGAAAGAUGGAGUCGCCCAUGCGUACUACCUACAAUACCUUGCCGUCGACCCAGCACAGCAGAAACGAGGGAUCGGGAGAAUGUUGGUGAGCUGGGGCGUUCGGGAGGCUGAUAAAAGGGCCAAAAAGUGUUACUUGUUUGCAACAGAGGCAGGACGACGCCUGUACGAGUCGGCGGGCUUUGAAGUCGUGAGAGAGGUUCCUGUCUUUGGUUUCCCACACUACUCCAUGAUCCGACAGCCCAUAGAGACCUCUUCUUGA